CAAUGAGCAAACCCCUCUUUUUCUUUUCUCUCUUCUUCUUAUCAUCUCUCAAUAUUAAUCUCGCUGGAGGUCGACGAUUAUCAGUUAAUUUAUCAGCUGAGGAAAACCCAUUUACCCCCAAGGCUUUCGUCGUUCGAUACUGGAAUAAAGAAAUUCAUAUCAACUUUCCUAUUUCCUCCUUCCUCCUUUCUAAGGUCUCCCCACUUAAUGUCGUCGAUUCCGCCACUUUCACUAAGCUGGCUGCACAAAACAAGCUUUCAACUCAGCUCCCUGCAUUUUGCUCCUUGGCCAAUCUUUUCUGUUUCCCUGAUUUAUCAUCCAGUCUCCAGAAACACAACUCUGAUUCCAACUUCGCUAAAUAUAUUCAGAAGGACUUCAACAACUACGGCAAUGGCCGACCCGGCGGCGUCGAUUCCUUCAAGAACUAUUCCGAUAAUGAAAACGUCGUCAUCGACUCGUUCCGGCGAUACAGCCGCAACUCUGUCGGACACGACGACCGGUUUUCUAACUAUGCUCCAAGCACCAAUGUGCCCGACCAGAGUUUCAACACCUACGGAACAGGGGCAACCGUCGGUUCCAGUGAAUUCAAGAACUACCAACCAGAUACAAACGUGCCGAACAGUCGAUUCAGCGGUUAUUCAGGCGAUUCCAACGGGCGGGCUCAGUCGUUCAAGGUGUAUUCUCAAAUUUCAAAUGCAGGUAGCCAAAUUUUUUCCAGUUAUGGGAGGAACGGGAACGGAGUACCGAACACGUUCACUAGCUAUUCGCCGGGGACUAACGUAGUUGGGUCUGGAUUCUCUGGGUAUGGACAGAAUGGGAACGAGGGAAGCGAUAAUUUCACCAGUUAUGGAUUUCAGAGCAAUUUGAUGGUGAACGUUUUCAACAACUACGGCUCUGGUGGAAAUUCUGGCGUUGAAACGUUUUCCUCCUACGUAGAACAAACGAAUCUUGCUGAUGAUAAUUUCACUUCUUAUGCCAAGAAUUCGAAUGAUGAAAAGGUUAACUUUGCAACUUAUGCUAAUACUGGUGUAGACAAUUUCAUUAGUUACGGUCAGGGAGCUGAUAAACCCAAAGUGGGGUUUAAGACCUAUGGGUCCAGAACUAGUUUCAAGAGUUACAGUAAAAUUGGUCUCAGUUUCAAAAGAUACAACGUCAGCUCUGCUCCAACAAUGGCGGCGGGCAAUGGGAAAUCAGUAAAAAGGUGGGUGGAACCGGGAAAAUUCUUCCGCGAAUCAAUGCUUAAGAAAGGAACUGUGAUGGAGAUGCCGGACAUUGAAGAUAAAAUGCCAAAAAGAUCAUUUUUGCCUCGGAGCAUUCUCUCAAAAAUCCCAUUCUCCACCUCGAAACUCAGUGAGUUGAAGCAAAUCUUUAAUGCGGCUGAUAACUCGUCCAUGGAGAACAUCAUUACGGACGCAUUGAGGGAGUGCGAGAGGGGCCCAAGUCCCGGCGAGACGAAACGCUGUGUCGGAUCCGGCGAGGACCUCAUCGAUUUCGCCACCUCCAUGUUGGGUCGUAACAUCAUGAUCCGAACCACACAGAAUAUUAAAGGGUCUAAGCAGCAGAUCAUGAUCGGUUCAGUCAAAGGAAUCAACGGUGGAAAGGUGACCAAAUCGGUGUCAUGUCACCAGAGCCUAUACCCAUACUUAAUAUAUUAUUGCCACUCCGUUCCCAAAGUUCGGGUUUACGAGGCGGAAAUUUUGGAUCCGAAUAGUAAGGAGAAGAUUAACCAGGGCGUAGCCAUCUGUCACUUGGAUACAUCUCAGUGGAGCCCCAGUCAUGGAGCCUUCAUGGCGUUGGGUUCGGGUCCGGGUCAUAUCGAAGUUUGUCAUUGGAUAUUUGAGAAUGACUUGACUUGGACAGUUGCAGCUAAUUGAAGUGAUGAAUUGACGAGAAUAACCCUUAAUUUGAAGUGUGAAUAGGAUCUUUCAAUUCAAUAGUUUAAGCAAGUAAUGCAGAUGCUCUCCUUAAUUAUGGAGUGUGAUUAUAAAAAUAUAUUAAGAAAUAUGUAAAAAUUCAGAGAUGCACAAAUGUAGAAUAAUAAUAAAAAGGAAGAAAACGUUUUAGCGGAAUGAGAGUUGGAAGUUUCCAAUAAUUAUUUAGGAUAUUGGAAUCAUGAAAACUUGUCCACACCCCCCCAAGCACUGUGGCCUUCUCCACUAAAAAUGGAAAUGCUCGAUCACCUCACUCGCAUCUUCUUCUUCUUCAUCAAUGUAAGUAAAUUCUCCAUUUGCCUUUUCUAUUUCCCAUGAUUUCACACUUCACCAUCUGCAUCCCGAUUUAUAUAAUUUCGACUCUCUCUCUUGAUUGUCUUUUGCCAUAUUAAUGCACAGGUAAAUCUUGGUCAAGCCAGACAUGUCCCUGUCCGUUUAUUGACUGAGAAAAACCCAUUUACCCCCAAAGCUUCCCUCAUUCGAUACUCAAUCUUCAUUCCCCCCAAAUCCUCCUCCCUCCUCUCUAAGGCUUCCCCAUUGUCUGCCCUGGACUCUGCAACUUUUGCUAAGCUUGCAGAGCAAAACGAGCUUUCCACUCAACUCUCAGCAUUCUGUUCAUCCGCAAACCUCUUUUUCUUCCCCGAUUUAUUCUCCAGCCUCCAGAACCAAAUAUCCGACUCCAGCUUCAUUAAUUACACCUAAAAGGACUUCAAAAAGUACGGUUCUGGUCGAUCCGGCGGCUUCAACUCCUUCAAGAGCUACUCCGAUCACCAAGAGGUUUCAAUCGACUCAUUCCACCAAUACAGUCGCAGCUCUACAGGACAUGGACAUAAAUUUUCCAAUUACGCCCCAAGCAACGGCUAACCUCACCAGAGCUUUAAGACUUAUGGUUCCAAGGCAACCGGCGGUUCCAGCGGAUUCAAAAACUACCAACAAGACACAAACCGGCCGAACAGUCGAUUCUUCGCCUAUUCAGAUGGCUCCAAUGGGCGGGUUCAGUCGUUCAAGACUUAUUCGAUCUCUUCCAACGUAGGUGCCCAAAUUUUCUCCGAUUACGGGAGGAAUGGAAAAGAACUGCAUAAUAUGUUCACCACUUACUCCAUGGACGCCAGUGUUGUCGGCUCAGGAUUUACUGCUUACAGGAAGAACGGGAACAAUGUAAACGAUAAUUUUUCACGAGUUAUGGUUUGGACGGUAAUUCGUUCGAGCAGAUUUUCAAGAAUUACGCCUCUGAUGGAAAAGAUAGCGUUGAAAGCUUCUUCCUACAUAGAAAAUACUAAUGUUGCUGAUAAUACAUUUACUUCUUAUGGCAAGAAGUCUAGUAACGUUAAUGUCGAUUUUAAAACUUAUGCCAACACUGG